AUGCCUCAGCCUGGGCUAGAUCCGCCUGCGGGUCAAGUGUCCAACUUUGCGAACCCAGAUCGAAGCAUGUUCAUCGCCUGCAUUGCUUCCAACGCCAUUGCUAUUCCCAUCUGCACCCUGUUUAUCGGAUACAUGGGCUACUGCGCCAUAUGCCUCACCAUGUUGAGAUUUGGCGGUGGCCUCCAUCAGUGGGACGUUCCGAUCGAGAAGGUUCCCUACUACUCCAAGACCGUCUACGCAACCAUGGUCAGCUACGGACCGACGGUUUUCGCCACCAAGGCGGCUAUCCUCCUGUUCCUGAUCCGGAUCUUCGCCCCCUACAAGGUCUACGUCAAGUGGAUCUACGCCUUCCUGGGCGUCAUGGGCGUCUACUACUUUGCCAUGAUGAUCCUCAAGAUCUUCAUCUGCCGGCCCAUCUCCAUGUUCUGGGGCGCGACGACGGACGGCAAGUGCUUCAACCAGCGCACCUUGAUCCUGGUGGACAACGUCAUCAGUCUGGUCAGCGACAUUGCCGUCCUGCUUCUCCCCUGCCCUCUGACGAGUAAGCUCAACGUCGGUCUCAUGGCCAAGAUCCGCCUCGGUGCUGUCUUUGGCGUCGGCGGCAUCGCCUGCGUCUUCAGUCUGAUCCGUCUCGUGUUCAUCGUCAAAGAUGGGGAGAACCCGGAUUCGACCUACCACUUUGUGCAGAUUAACCUUACCGGAAUUGCCGAGUGCGGCAUCGGUCUCGUCUGCGCCUGCUUCCCCGUCCUGCCGGGUCUGUACAAGUCGAUCCUCCGCAAGGAGAAGCCUGGUUACUCCGGCGGCAGCACGGCCAAGUCGUCACAGUUCGAGAUGAUGAGCUCGUCGGGCAAGCGGUCCCGCAGCGCGACGCACAACCAGGGAACCAUCCGCUACACCAAGGAGGAGGCCGACAGUGACGAGAACACGCUCAUCCACAAUGGGCAGUCCUACGUAACGACCGACAUCCGCGCCGGCAACGUCGGUGGCGGCGACGACGAAGACUCCCUCGAGCGCAGCAGCGAGGGACGCAAGGGCAGCGGCGACGGGACCAGCGGCGGACAGAUCGUUAAGACUGUCGAGGUUCGACAGUACAGCGAGCAGUAG